GCCAGUCGCUUCGUGUGUUCGCGCGCAGUUGUUGUUACGCGUCACAUUGUCGUGUUCGCUCUCUAUCGUGUGCUGUGUUUACAAUAGUGUUAUUGUUAUUGUACCAAAAUAUACCAGCCAGUGAUCAGUGUCGGUGACGAAGUGUGGAUAAUUACAUUGAGUAGUGUACGAUAGGAUUAUUUGUGUGCCAUUAUUGUGGUCGGGAAGGAGCAGACAGCCACGGCAGGCGCCGAGCUCAGCUCGGAAGAUGGUGUGUGUGUACAGCGGGUGCGGGCGCAGCGGCGCGGCGUGAUGCGCGCGCAUGCGUGUCACGGGUUCGCGCGGGCGGCGGCGGCGUGUGCGCUGCUGCUCGCCUGCGCGCACGCUGCAAGCGUCCUCGAAGUCGCACCGGGAAUAUGCCAAAGUCUAGACAUCAGAAACAAUCUAGGAGAGUUCCAGAAUUUACAAGGAUGCCGCGUGAUCGAGGGUUAUCUGAACAUCGUUCUCAUGGAGCAUGUCACGGCCAACGAUUUCGCGAACCUCAGCUUUCCACUUCUGCGAGAGGUCACUGGAUAUAUUACGAUUUACAGAAUGAGAGCCGUUCGCAACUUGGGCGACUUGUUUCCGAACCUCUCGGUUAUACGUGGGAUACAACUUUACAAGGACUUUUCCCUCGUCAUAUUCGAUAAUGAAGACCUUGAGAUGCUGGGCCUACGUUCGUUGACAACUAUUGAACGCGGUGCGGUUCGGAUACAGAACAACGACCGACUGUGCUACACCAACAGCAUUGAUUGGAACCGCAUCAUCUUGGACGGAAGCGCUCAAAACAAUAAGAUUGGGUCAAACUACGAUACUCGGUUAUGUGGCCUGUGUCCGAACAGGAACACGGGCGACCACCAAUGUCAGACCGAUGCGUCCGGUCGGCAGCUGUGUUGGGACGACAAGCAUUGCCAAAAAGUGUGUCCCCUCGCGUGCGGUAAGCGGCCUUGCAUGGCGGAUGGUGUGACGUGCUGCCAUCGCGAAUGCCUAGGCGGCUGCGACGGAGAGAAGGCGUCCGAUUGCCACGUUUGCCGCCACUUCUCCAUCCUCGAUGGCAAAAACCGCACCUGCACUAAGAGCUGCCCUUCUGGCUUUUAUGAGCUGGUACGUCGCUGCGUAACAGAGGAAGCAUGUCGCAAGCUGCCACCGCCGACCACCUCGCAGACUGAGACUGAUCCGCCCGCUUACAAGAUCUUUAACAAUACCUGCAUUUUGACGUGCCCUACUGGGUAUAAGGAGGAGGGCAAACUGAAUCCUCGCUGCGAGCCGUGCGCGCCUUCGGGAUGCAAUCGAGAGUGUCCUGGCGGAAAGAUAGACUCCAUCGAUUCCAUCGAGGCAUUUCGCGGCUGCACGCAUCUUAAAGGCUCUUUGGAGAUCUCGCUGCGCGCUGGUGGUGGAAACACAACGGCGCUGUUGGAAUCGGCACUGGGUGACAUACGUGAAAUCCACGGUGGAUUAAAAGUAACGCGUUCCAACCCGCUCGUCUCGCUGAUGUUUCUUAAAAAUAUUGAACGCAUCUACGCCAACCACGAGGAAAACAAUAAGGCUCAAAGUCUUCAUAUAUUCAACAAUGCGAAUCUCGAGUUACUUUGGGACUGGGAUAAAAUAAGCAAGAACUUUAGUAUAGAACUAGAUCGAGUGCACAUACAUUUCAACCCAAAACUAUGUUACCAGAGGAUAGAACCGCUAAAAAGGAUAAUGAAAAGGAAUUUCACCGACAUUGAAGUGUCAGAGGAGAACAACGGUGACCAGGCAUCGUGCUACCACGAUGUACUUAACCUGAAGGUGCACAUGCUAUUGAAGAACCUGGUAAUACUGACGUGGAAUUCGUACUGCUUGCCCGACGCGCGCAAGCUCCUGGGCUACUCCAUCUACUACACUGUCGCUAACAAUAAUGUUACUCACUACGGACAAAGAGAUGCUUGUUCAGAUUCAUGGAACAUCCUUGAUGUGACGGUAGAAGAUUUGCGUCGCAGCAACUCUACUAUGGACCCGGACAUUAGUCAAACGAUUGACUCUCUACAGAACCCUUGCAAGAAUCUGCAACCAGCUUUUCACCCUGUUACCCAACUUACACCAGACACGCGCUAUGCGGCCUACGUCAAGACAUAUACCACAGUUCAGGACAAGAAAGGCGCGCAAAGCCCUAUUAUUUACUUUACUACUCUACCUGGACGACCAAGUCCGCCGCAGUCGCUAACAGUGGAACCGCAAGGGCCGCAUUCAGUGUAUAUCCAAUGGCAGCCGCCAGCUAUGCCUAAUGGGACUAUUACGCGUUACUAUGUCGAGAUACAGGCCAACACGUAUAAUCGCGACACCAUCAUCACUAGCAAAACUAACUUCUGCGACAAUCCAAACGCCCUAGCGAACCUGAUCGCAGUCCGCGGCGAGAAAUCGCCCGAGAAGCAAGAAGAAAAGCCUAAAGAGGUUAAGAACGACACGUGCGACUGCACUAAGAAUUCUGGUGGCACCAAGUUCACUUCUAAGGCGGAAGAGGAGCGGUGGGAAAGCAUUCAAUUUGAAAAUGCACUGCAGAACCAGGUUUACGUGAAAACUGAAAAGAACAAAACACAUCCAGCCCGUCGCGUUCGAACGCGACGAUCCAUCGAAGAUGAAAGCCUGAGUACCCUGGUGAUAUUGAGUCGCAACAACAAACCUAUUCUCGGCAUGAACUAUACCAACUCUACGGAAGGAGUGAAGUGCAGUCGCAUCGAGCCUAACGUAUGCGUCGUAAAGGACAAUAGUACAGGGUACGUGAAGUCGCUGUACUACGUGCUGGACAAGAAUACGGAGUCAUUAAAGGUGGACCAUAUGCGGCAUUUCACUUGGUAUACGGUGAACGUGUGGGCGUGUCGAGCUAAGCAGGCCAACGAAUCUGAUGCUGAUUAUGCCGACGCCUGGUGUUCUGACCGCGCUUACAACACUUUCCGGACGCAAGAGCUAUUGAACGCAGACGUAGUUCGCGACGUGCGUGCAACGAUAAUUCCUUCAAACCGCACAUUGCCCGAGGUUAACGUGACGUGGUCGCCGCCUCUCAACCCCAAUGGAUUUGUUGUUGCCUACAAAGUGCACUAUUCACCCAUCGAGGACGGCGCUCAGACCCAAUACGUACGUCUCCAAAUAUGCGUAGCGGCAUCCGAGUGCCGCAAUCAAACAUGCCGUACAGUGCUGCAGAACGUCCUACCCGGCAAUUACAGCGUUGGCGUCAGUCCCAUCACUGUGCACGGGGCAGGCAACAGUUCGACGAAGGCGUUCUUUUACAUCGAGGAAAAAACAGCAGGCCAUGAAUGGGUUUGGGGAGUAGUGGGUGGUUGCAUUAUUCUUACCAUGAUACUGGCCAUCGGCAUCUGGUACGCCAAGCGAGGGUUCCUGCAACCGGCCGAAGCCAACAAACUGUUUGCUACCGUUAACCCCGAAUACGUCUCGACUGUGUACGUACCAGACGAAUGGGAAGUGCCGCGAGCGAAUAUCGAGUUAAUCAGGGAACUUGGACAGGGAUCUUUUGGCAUGGUGUACGAAGGAAUCGCAAAGGGAAUUGAGAAAGGCAAAGCGGAAACUCGAUGCGCUGUGAAAACUGUCAAUGAACAUGCCACUGACAGGGAGCGUAUCGAGUUCCUAAAUGAGGCCUCGGUAAUGAAGGCGUUCGACACUCAUCACGUGGUGCGACUGCUAGGUGUGGUGUCCCGUGGCCAGCCCACACUUGUCGUUAUGGAGCUGAUGGAGAACGGAGACCUAAAGACAUAUUUGCGCAGUCAUAGACCUGACAGCGAGUCUUCGCUGCCGAAAAAGGAUAACACAUCAAAUCCGCCUACAUUACAAAACAUUUUACAGAUGGCUGUAGAAAUAGCCGACGGUAUGGCCUAUUUAUCGGCCAAAAAAUUCGUGCAUCGCGACCUAGCGGCGCGCAACUGUAUGGUCGCCGGGGACCUCACGGUCAAAGUGGGGGACUUCGGCAUGACCAGAGACAUUUAUGAGACUGAUUACUAUAGGAAAGGCACCAAGGGCCUACUGCCCGUACGGUGGAUGAGCCCCGAGAGCUUAAAAGAUGGGGUGUUUUCUAGUAGUAGCGACGUGUGGAGUUACGGUGUCGUCAUAUGGGAGAUGGCCACGCUCGCUAUGCAACCAUAUCAGGGUCUGUCUAACGAGCAAGUAGUUCGGUACGUAGUGGAGGGCGGCGUGAUGGAACGACCGGAGCAGUGUCCGGACCGCCUGUACGAGCUGAUGCGCGCCUGCUGGGCCCACCGACCCUCCGCACGGCCCACCUUCCUGCAGCUGGUGGCGGACCUCGCGCCAUCCGCGCAUCCGCGCUUCCGGCAGCGAUCCUUCUUUCACUCGCCGCAGGGCCAGGAGCUUUACUCGUUUCAGAGGACCUCAGUCGAGGAGGAGACGGAUCUGCCGGAAGUGAACGUGGGCGCGGUGGCGACGGGCUCGGGAUCCAACCUAUUCGGGGUGUCGGGGCGGCUAGCGUCGUGGAUGCGCGAGCUGCCGUCGCUGCGCAGCCGCACGUCGAACGACGCGGCCGCCGAGCCCCUGCAGCCGGCCACGCCUCGGCCCAUCGCACUAAAGGCCGCUCCCAACGGAGUCCUGCGUGACCCCGACCCCGCCUCCACGGGCUGCUAGCGUUAGGCGGCCACGCGGCCCCCGCGGCCCCCGUGGCCCGGUCCCCGGCCGCUUUAUCUACCUCAGGCCGGCCGCGCGCGCGGUCGGCUCUUCGAAUCCUAGGUGUAAGCGUAGUUAGUGAAAUCACGAGCGGCGUCUGUCGCUCGCUGUGUUAUUUUAUUUAUUUUGUACGUACGCGCUCGUCGCUCGACGCCCGAAGGCCCCCCGAUCACUUUCGACUCUAGCGUAAAUUUAUCUCAAAAUUGUCUUAUUUUAUAGGGAAAUUUUCAUAAAUCUUCUCUGCAUUUACUACACUAAUUUAUUGCACACGGAGUGUGCUCGCGUGCAGAGGCGACGAUUUUUUUAAAAGGUUAAUCUAGGCAAUUAUUCGUUUAACGUUUCUGGCGCGACGGGUGCGUUUUUUUUUUCGUCUGGCGAUUCGUUUUCAUAUCAGGAAAUUAAUAUUUUUGCUGGAGCGAUAUUGAGAGUCGAUCUAUCUCGACGUGAAUCCUAUAUAGUUUACCUCAUUAAUAUAGUUGUAUCAGUGUCGUUUUUGACAUGAACCGUUGUGCACCGACACUCCGACCGGACUAGUUUCACAGGCGACACCACAAAUAAGUACACCUGAUAGUAUUGUCCAGUCUACGGUGGAUCCAAAAAACACGAUUAAGUACAUAGUUAAUUACACAACAAAUCUCUGCGGUGCACAAUGGUGAUAGCCUAUUAAUAUUAAGUUUAUGAUGUAAGAUGUAAAGUGUGUAUAGGUAAAUGAUUGCUUAGAUAAGGUCGUGUACAAAUUACUUUGGUUAAUUUCUUGACGUUUAGCCGGCAAGCUUCUGAUGCUUGGCGCGGGCGGAAGGCGACCGGCCGCCACGUUGCUGUUAAGAGCACUCUUUGUUGAGAGUGCGCGCGCGCCGCAGCGCCACCGCCCGGCGCCAUCGAUGCAACUGUUUAUAAUACUCAGUUCUUCCCUUCCCUCGCGUCGUGUUUAUUUCCUUUACACGACGGAGAAAAACAAUGGACUUCAUUUGUAGCGACUCAUUUAGCUCUUUCUUUAAACCAGUAUUAACGUUUUCCCUAUUCACAUCUAACAUUCGAAACUACCUGCAGACGAUACUGAGUGUGUUCAUACCGUCUUUACAAGUGAAAUCCACUGCCGUUUCAGUAAUCGGUUUUAACCACCAAAGACUUAUACAACACUAACUAAUAAAACUGUAUCUACUGUUAUUUAUUAACACUGUGUUAUAUAUAGUUGCAAUCUUAUUCAUAUGUAAUAUUUGAUAAUAGUACCCAUGGGAAUAGUCAUAGUUUGUUGCAGUUGACUCUUUAAUACGAAGCUGAAAUCAAUGUGUUCUAUAUCAAUUACAAUGCAAUAGAUAUACCUGCCAUUAUUGUUGUUGUAUAGUUAUAUUAUAACAAUUGUUUAGUACGAAAUAUACUCUACUGUAUAUAGACAAAAUCUAGCUACAUAGGCUAGAACGCAAGUUGGAUUUUAGCGUUCGUUGCUAAGACUACUUCUUGACAAACACAGAUAUGCCUAAAGUCUGACUAGCAAACAUUAUUAGAGGACUGGUGACCGAAUGCAAUUACAUAUUUAUGUAUGUUAUUGUCACAGGUAAAUCAAAUUAUAUACGGGAUAUAUACCCAAUGAUAUACGUAUAUUUAAUUUGUAUAAUUAUUGUAUGCGAUUUCUAUAUAACGUAUUUGUAUUUUCUGCCUGAGUCCAAUUAACUUACAAUUAUUUUCAUAGUAUCUAUGAAAUUUUUCCAUUGUUGACAUGUUUAUUUUGUUUUUUUUUCUGCGUAAAUGGUAAUUCAGUAUCUCUAGAAAAUCUCAAUUUGUUUUUAAAGUUUAUGAUUGGGCUCAUAGUAUGAAUUAUUGCAAUGUUAUAAAUUCGUUCCCUUUACAUAGUAUAGUGUUAUUAUCUAUCUCGUACUAUGUAAAAUUUACGCUAGCUCCAUACACAAAAACUUACAGUAUACUAUUUUAAAUCUACAGGAAUAUUUAAGUUGUAGAUUUUAUAUGUAUUCAAUCAAAGUUCCAAUACUGCAACAAUCCUAGGGUCGGCAUCGCAGCGUCUGGCCGCACCGGCGACGCUGCGGCGCGGGCCGAUAUAAAAACUAUAACGAUAAUAUGCUAUAAGGGUAUAAACGAGUGCCUUCAGACAUCCAGCCUUCAGCGGAAUGCAGGAUUGUUGAUUGUGUGAACAUGCCGUUACAUAUAUCAUACGACUAUGCGGUUCCAUUUGUGUGUGACGUGUUACGAAAUUGUUUAUCUUGAAACGAUAGAUCUAUUUUUUUAUCUCAUUCCUUAAGAUGAACAGAGUCCUCAAACACAAUGGAAAACGUGUUACAGGAAUGCAAUUCGACGACGAUGUUGGCUGGGCAUGGGGCAAUGAAACUUGAAAGGUUAGCGUAUAGUAUUUAUUUAUACAUUUAACGUCUAAAUGUAUGGUCGCCGCGGCGGCCGAGGUUUCUGUCCGUUCAAGUUGUGAGGAUGGCGGCCGACGCGGCUCGCGAAUAGGGUGGGCUAGGUGUACACAUAAUCGAGUGUCGUUGUUUGUUGAGGGCUCAAGGCACGUUGCAUUGUUCGUAUUGUUUCAUUAGCGAAAACAUUUCAAUCUUCGAUUUCAAAUUUAUUUCCAAAGUUCAAAUCCAAAUAUUUCUUUAAUUUUAGAAAUUGCAUAGUGCCUUUUGCUCAAUUUAUGAAAAUGUUGUAGGUACCAUUAAGUAUAAUAUUAGCGCCAUAUUUUUAGUUCCACCUUGUAUGUGAAUCGUGCACAUUUCAGUGGAGUGGGAGAUGUAAGUCCCCUUAAGCAUGCAUACAUUAAAAAGGUGCCAUCUCGCACUACACGAAAUGUCGGGAAAUAGCCUAUUGGUUGAACAGCGGGAGUCUAUCUGGCAAGCUAUCGCGCCGCGGCGAAUCGCGUGCGAUUACAGUUCCUGUACCAACGAGCGAGCCCGGUUUCCUUGCGGCUGCGAAUCGCCUCACACUACCACGCUUCUAGUGCAAUCGAAGUAUGAUUCGGAGUUGUAUUAAGCUUAAAGCACUGGCUGAGUGUUGUGGGGGGCGGAGCACGGCCGCACAGCCGAGGCAAGUCUCGCACAACGUUGCCUCACACAGCGUUCCCUGCGGGCUUUAUAAACAUUUAAUUUCUUCGCUCUUAUUUUUAUCAGUAUUUCCUUUUUAUUGUGAUUUCCACCUAGUAAGGCAGUUACAUUACCUCAUUUUAGUAAUUAUAUUAUGCAUAAAUUAUUGACUGAUAAAAUAAUUUCCAAAUGAUGUGUUCCUCGUGUGAUUUGUGUGCGUGUUUUAUGUAUAUGAAGUGGUGGGGGUAGCGUUGUGCUCUAUGCUCAAUUUAGAUACAAUUUCACCAAACGAUUGAGAUAGUGUACAAUUUUUAUA